CAGUCAGUGGACGCUAGAGGGCGAUAAACACGGCGGAGGUGACCUUUAUUUUCUGUUGCUCUCGUUUGUCCACUCCCUCUUCCGAAAAUGAAAGGGAAGCGCAACAAGUUUACUAACUUUAAAACGGUGUCGUCAUCAACACCGUCACAUCAGGAUGUCGCAGGUGGAAUUGAACGAAGGCAGCGUAGACAUUCCAGGCUGCACGUCACCACUCUUCUACAGACAAAGUCGACCAUCCUCGGGGGAUGUCAAGAUGUCUGUUUUGCUUCUUCAUGGUCGCCGCUUCUCCUCGGAAAACUGGCUCAGCAACGGCACCCUUCACACGCUGGCCGAUGCCGGCUGCCGGGCAGUUGCCAUUGACCUUCCAGGACUGGGCUGCUCCAGCUCAGCCGAGGCGCCAGCGGCCAUGGGAGAGUUGGCCCCCGCUACGUUCCUGAAGGACGUAUGUGAGCGACUGCAGCUGAGUCCCGUGGUGCUGAUCAGCCCGUCACUCAGUGGCAUGUAUUCGCUCCCCUUCCUGCUGCAACACCAGCACCUACUACGGGCCUACAUUCCCGUCGCGCCCAUCUGCACCGAAAAGAUCGGCGCAGAACAAUACGGCGGUGUCAAGGUGCCGUCACUUAUUGUCUAUGGCGAUGGUGACGCUGAGCUGGGGCAGAUGUCGCUCAGCAACCUGAGCCAGCUGGCCAAUCACAGCGUGGCGGUGAUGAAAGGGGUGGGGCACGCCUGUUACCUGGACGACCCUGACACGUGGCACCGUCUACUCUCUGACUUCCUUGCUAAACUCUGAGCUUCAACUGUACAAAAAGAAUGGAGCGACAAACAAAAGAAAGAGGGAGCUCAAGUCAUCCUCUCUCACACACACGCGCACACUUGCGAGAUACAAAUACAAAAUAAAAAUCUGUUUGGACUUCAGACCUCAAACUUAUCAACAGUGCUCUUUUCCUAUAUUUAUAUUGAGAUAUAUAUACUGACUUCACUUUGACUGAUUCCGACUUGUUUUCUCUAUUUUCUUUUAAACACACACUUUUGUCAAACAUGGUCACAGAGCACCAGACUACACACUACACAAUCACAUACACACUGUCCCCCUCACACACACGGACGCAGCCUGCUUCCCCCUUUGCUUCUUUUAACCCUCGUCACAAUGUGAUAUUUGGCAAACCUGUCCAAUCAACAAAGACUUAGCUGGAGACUUUUUUUCAACCCUUCUGUUAAUAUUUGUUACAUUGUUCGGAUUCAACUAAUAACUCUAAUAUUAAUAACCAUUAUAAUCAAUGAACUGAGCCAAUUUGAGCUGAGGUUAGAAUAUUUUUCCAAACAUCAGGAAAAAAACCAUUUGAUUUGUAUUUAUUUUGUUAACUGACACACGUCAUACUGCUAAUUGGCAACAUUUGUUUGUUGUGUAACAAUACCGCCGUCAUGUUUCGUUUGUUUCUCAGGAGUGUUUUUUUAGUUUUUUUUUAAUGGCUCAUUGGUAAUUGUUACUGUUUAAGUCAAUAUUUGAAUAAGGUCAGUUUGACCUAUGUCGUGUUUUGUAUUAUCAAAGGGUCAAAUGAUUAAAAAAAAAAAAUCCCGAUAUACAUUCUGAACUCCAUUAAUAAUCUAAAACAUGGUGGGGGGCGAGGGGGAUCAGAGCUCUGUUGCGCGUGACGCUAAGGCAAUCAAAUAGAGAGGCGUCGUUUUUUCUACGUUGCAUUUUAAAAACUCAAUACACUGACCAACUAACACAUUCUGUCAAUCCAAAAAGCGAUGACGUCCCUUUUUGUUUUUUUUCUCAACGUCCAUAACACUGGAUUGUGUUCAUUGCGACACACAAACAAGAACUUAAAAAAACAACAAUCAGCCCUCACAUCACACGCACUAUUUUAAAGACAUUCCACUCAAUUAAUGCACGCACGCAUACACGCAGGCAGAAUUAGAGCAGUCAAGAGCCCCUAAUUAAAGAAACAAAACACAUGACCCAAUAAUAAGGCUGGAUUUACGCUGCAAGUGGCACAAUUCAGAUUUGCUGUGUCAAAGGGCAAAAGUCACUUUUGUUACUUUUCUUAAUUUCGCAUAGUGUCCACUUUUUCCAGUCUCCGUAUCUCAAGACAGGUUCAUGAUCAAACAUCACAAUUCUGUGUUCAGCUUACUGAAACUUUGAACAGUUAGAAUUUCAGAAAUUUAGGGAAGGUGAAAUUAAACUCAGUUGCACAUUUUUGCAACAGAGGUUUGCGUACAUUUUUGGUUCAACCUCAAAUUUCACCCAAAAGCACAAUAUCCCAAACUUUCUGCGAGUAGCAGAAAUCGCCGUGACGUUUUCACAAUUUAACACAUUUCAAAAAUAUCCAAUAACAUCAGCCAAAGCAUAGACAAUUCAAUAUGGUGUGAAUAUAUAUAUGCUACAUUAGGGGCGUGUCCAUUAUUUGGGGAAAAAAAGCAAAGCAAAUUCUCUACGAUAGCCAGUCGAGUAAUGUGAGGGUUGCUAAACUCUCAAUAUUUGUACCAUCCAUGUAUUAUUGUUUACUGACGUGCGGAAUUAUUGACGAGCAAUUUGGUUGCCUGCGCAUACAGGUUGGUUUUAUGUGUUCCCUUGAAAUGUACAUGAAACUAGUCACGAAAACCUGUUUUAGGCGAUUAAUGGGACUUUGCGAACUUGAAACCUGCGGCGUAAAUCCAGUCCAAGUGUGUGUGCUGAUAGCUGACUGAUCAUAGUGAUGUGAUGGCAGUCAGAUGGCUGCUCUAUCUAAAGCUGAUCCCUUUCCAAGAUGGCCGCUUGAUUUGAAAGAAACGACGAGUACUAUACGCUCGCCUCGCUCGUCUACCACAAAGUGCGUCAAGGCACUAUUAUGAAAUGAAGCGGAUCCUAAACAGUCUAAAAAGACAACCACGUGACUGGCGCAGACUACGUUUGGUGGCCAUUUUGGGGACAGCAUGAUAAGGCCUGAACCACCCUGGCACGGAACCCAUGAAGAACAUGUGACAGAAUACAGUUUAACGAGAAGAAGCAAAGCCUUCUAUGGAGUAAUUGAAAGGAAAGCAAAUGUCAAAUUACGGGAAUAAUAUUCCGAUAUUACAAUAGGGAAUUUGGAUUUUUAGAAAGGGAAAAAAAGUUGACAUUUUGUUCACACCGUAUUCAUUUUUUACUGAUCUCAACUAAUCUCAAUCAAUUUUACAAGAUUCUGACUCUAUUGCUGUAAAGAUACUUUUUUUCUUGCAAUGUACUCAGAUUUGAUUUUCGUAAUUUUUCCCGCCUCAUAGAAUUGGACAUUUGUGAUGUUAAAACUUAAAUGCAUGUAACAAUAAUUUGUUUCCUGCUAUAUUCUGACCAUUUAAAUUUGGAUUUCUUAUUUCUGACUAUUUAACUAUUGUUUUUUCUCAAAAAAUUUGGAUUUCACUCGUGUAAUAUUCUGAAUUUAUUCUCGUAACAGUAUCGUUUAAUUCUUGUAAAAUAACUUGUUACUUUGUUACUCACUUUUCUCUCCUAAUAUUCCAACUUUUUUGCUCGUAACAUUAAGUCGACUUGAAAUAUUCCAACUUUUUUCUCUCGUGACACUGCAAUGUUUUUCUUGUCAUAUUUUUACUCCAUCCUCGUAGCACUGAUCUGUUUUUUUUCUUCACAGCCUUUUGAGGACUGGCAGAGGUGAUGUUGGUAUAGAUGGAGGUCAGAGAGGUUCUUUUUUUGUUGGUAAUAUAUAAACCACACCACACCGCUAGUUAUUAGUGCCUCUGUGUCGUGAAUAUGAGCACAUCAAGAUGAUAACAUUUUUUUUUUUUUUUAAUCUCUCUCAUUAAGCCAUUUCUGCUGUGUUUUUGGCUAAAAAAAAUAAGACCACAUGAAAUUUUAUCUCAUUUUGGCAAGUAGAUAUAGUAGUGCAUAAAUUAAAUGUAUUGUCCCUUCUUUUUUUUGGUGAAGAAAAUUAAAAUGUUUGGAUUUCUCAUGACA